CACACGCAACUUCCCAUUUGUCAUCCUUUAUUUUUCGUUCAAAAUAUUCCUGAGUUUGAACUUCAUCUCUUUCUGUAUCCAAAUUUCGACAAAUCAAUGGCGGGAAGAGGCAAAACUUUGGGAUCUGGAGCGUCGAAGAAGGCCACUUCAAGGAGUAGCAAGGCCGGCCUUCAAUUUCCCGUCGGUCGUAUUGCUCGUUUCUUGAAAGCCGGUAAAUACGCUGAACGAGUCGGUGCUGGAGCUCCGGUUUACCUCGCCGCCGUCCUCGAAUAUCUUGCAGCGGAGGUUCUGGAAUUGGCUGGAAAUGCCGCAAGGGACAACAAGAAGACUAGAAUUGUGCCUCGCCAUAUCCAGCUUGCUGUGAGGAACGACGAAGAGCUGAGCAAGCUUCUUGGAGACGUAACGAUUGCGAAUGGCGGUGUUAUGCCUAACAUUCACAAUCUGCUAUUGCCGAAGAAGGCUGGUAGUUCCAAGGCGUCUGGUGGUGAGGAUGAAUCCUAAAUUAAAUGAAGAAACGUGGUCGAGGUGUUCAGAUCUGGAAUUUAGGUUUUGUUAGCUUUGUGUGCUUUACUUUAAUGUGUUCUUAACUUUAAUCAAAGAGCUGAUGUGAAUACGAUCAAUCUUCUUCGACAAUUGUGGAUUUCUUUUUCUUCCGUUUGAAUUUUGAUUCACAAUUGGAAUUGGAAUUGGAAUUGGAAUUCUUUGGAUAUCUUGCUUCG